AUGGCCUUCCACCAGCAGACACGCCAAAACGUUCAACGGGCAAUCCGUCCCGUCGCAGACCAACAAGACGAGACUCGGCUUCACAGUCAUCACCUAGAGCAAGCCACCCCCGAAGACUCUCAGACAUGGGUGCUCUUCUCGCCGGCCACCGAUGCCACAACAUCGGCCUCUUACCUGAGUGAUGCGGAGGAGUCAAUACCCACUCCAGGACGAUCACGUCUCAGCGAUAUUGGCAGCCUCAAUACGGUCCCUCGCUCCAACCAAGACACAGGCUCCCGUCAUUCGGUUGUUCUCUCUACGGCUAUCGAUGACGAGUCAGUCGAGGACGAUGCCGAGCUUGACAGCUUGGAUAGCCACCUGCCCGACUUUCGCACAUUUGCAAGUGCCUACCAACAUGUGGACAGUUCUCAACAUGCCGCUCCUGUGCUGCCAACACAUGAUGGGCUCGGCUCCUUCAGGCUUGACCACCCGGUCGGACCCGAAGUCCAAGACCAUCUGUAUGCGUUCGAGCAGUUCAACCCCAGGCGAACACGGAGGAGACGGGAGAGUCUGGACAUGGCCGAGUUGCAACUGCAGCAAGAAGAAGACCAACAAGCACACAAGAUACAGAGAAUAGAGGCUUGGCGACUAGAGCAGAGCCGAGUCUUGCUCGAAGAAAUCCACAAGGAGACAAGACGCAGGAGGAAAUCACAGUCUUCGGCGCGGCCACAAAGUCAGAUGAUGGGAAAUUCAACAUCAUCUCCCGCCGAAAGGGAAAGGACCACAGUUGACCUGGCAGAGCCUGACAGUAUGGAUUGGCAUGAAGAGGCGUCUCCUGACAGCGACGAAGACAGUGGCUUCUUCGCCCGGCUCACACGCAAGGUCAUUCGCGACCUCAUCGGCAUUGAUGAGCGGAUGCUUGCAAUCCUCCUUGGCGAAGCACUUCCAGAAGAUGAUAUGUCAACAACACCAAAGGCAGAAGAUUUGGCGAAAACACCAACACCCGAGAUCGUUGAUGGCUCGUCUUGGCAGCUCCAGAUUCUCGAUCGCGUAGCGCGGGAACUUGGCCUUAUCGUCAACCAGAUCUCUCCACACCCCCAUCCUGGCGCCUUCUCCACCUACACACGUAUGCAGCAGAUGCCUCUGCCUUAUGCUGGCUUGCCUGCCAUUCCCGAGGCCAUCGCCGAUUCAUCAAACGCACAAACUACCGUUGACGCAUCAACCAAGAUGCCCGAGUUCAGGCCAACGGUGCCUCACCAGGCACAGCCAAUGGACAUUCCUGGCGGACGGGGCUUUUCCGACGGCACGCAUGGGGCCACAUCUCGCGCCGAACCCAACGCAACCGCCUCGGCGGCGUUCACACAGUCGGAAUGGGAGCAGGAUCUUGACGUUAAGCUGGUCUUCCGUUAUCUUCGCUCUCGAUUUUCCCCACGCUCGUCGUCGACGCCAACCUUCACAUCGGGCACAUCUCACCUUGCCACUUGCAGCACCCAGGAUUCAGCGGCCAAGGCGGCGCGGGUACGGCAGCAUCACCCUCUUGUUGGCCGGACGCGGCCGCAGGUGGAACGUAGGACCUUCAAAGCUACAGCACCGGCAAGCCCGGCUGCGGCGAAGCGACACGCCUCUAGCUGCGCAAGCCAGAGCACAAGACGCUCAGCGCGGCGGAGUAGCGUGUCGUCGAGACAUUAUUGGGAUAUCGGAGGCUCUCUCGGCACGGGUUCCAUCAUCGCAUCGGCUGGGCCCAUGGGCAGCUGGGGAGAGAUUUGA